AUGUCCUCAAAGUUCGUCUGUCUUCGUUCUGCGCGUCUCGCUGCGCGCCAUCCGUGCCAUCGCAGAAGCUUCGCCUCAGCCGCCUCUAGCCGCACCGACUAUGUACGUAUCGUGGAAGUAGGCCCAAGGGAUGGAUUGCAGAAUGAGAAGCAGUCCAUACCCGUGUCGACGAAGAUAGAGCUCGUCAACAGGCUAGCACAGACUGGACUGAGGACGAUAGAAGCAGGGUCCUUCGUGUCGCCAAAAUGGGUACCCCAGAUGGCCAAUUCGUCCGAGAUACUCGAGCAUGUCCUCAAUAAUACACCGCAAUCCCCGCAUCCGAUUACCUACCAGUGGCUCCUCCCCAACGUUAGAGGCUUGGACAAUUUCCUCUCGCUGUUACACUCCAAGACACCAUCGGGACAAGACGCAUAUCCUACCCCUCCACCUUCCCCAGGGACUGGUGAAGGUCCAGCGCUAAACUCCUCCUCUCAAACCCCCUCAGCACCGAUACAUGAGCUCUCGAUAUUCACCGCGGCAACCGAAGCAUUCACACAAAAGAACACAAACUGCUCAAUAGCAGAAUCGCUAAAGCGGUUCGAGCCAAUCAUGGCGAGAGGAAAGGAGAUGAACCUCAAAGUGCGGGCCUACAUCUCGGUUGCGCUUGGAUGCCCGUACGAGGGACCGAACGUGGACCCGCACAAGGUAGCAGAACUGGCCGUCAGCCUACUCGAGAUGGGUGCCGAUGAGAUUUCCGUAGCGGACACCACAGGCAUGGGCACUGCUCCGAAGACAGCCGAGCUGUUGAAGACAUUGAGUGCUGCAGGCAUCGAGAAGGGCGAUCUAGCAUUGCACUUCCACGACACAUACGGUCAAGCACUGGUCAACUCGGUUGUUGCACUGGAGCAUGGUAUCCGCACCUUUGAUGCUGCGGUAGGCGGUCUGGGAGGCUGCCCGUUCAGCCCAGGCGCGACCGGCAACGUUGCUACUGAGGACUUGGUACACACGUUCCACAGCUUGGGUCUGAAGACGGGCGUAGAUAUCGAGAAGCUUGCUGCAAUAGGAGAGUGGAUUUCGCAAGAGCUGGGGAAGGCGGAUGAAAGUAGAGCUGGCAAGGCGACGCUAGCUCAGCUACGGAAAGUUAGACAGUAA